AUGCGCCCCCCGCCCGCGCUGGCCCUGGCCGCGCUCUGCCUGCUGGCGCUGCCCGCCGCCGCCGCCGCCGCCUACUUCGGCCUGACCGGGCGGGAGGUCCUGACACCCUUCCCGGGUCUGGGCACCGCCCCUGCCCCAGCACAGGGUGGGGCCCACCUGAAGCAGUGUGACCUCCUGAAGCUGUCCCGCCGGCAGAAGCAGCUCUGCCGGCGGGAGCCAGGCCUGGCUGAGACCCUGCAGGAUGCCGCACACCUCAGCCUGCUCGAGUGCCAGUUUCAGUUCCGGCAUGAGCGCUGGAACUGCAGCCUAGAGGGGAGGACGGGGCUGCUCAAGAGAGGUUUCAAGGAGACGGCCUUCCUGUACGCGGUGUCCUCGGCCGCCCUCACGCACACUCUGGCCCGGGCCUGCAGCGCUGGGCGCAUGGAGCGUUGCACCUGUGAUGACUCUCCAGGCCUGGAGAGCCGGCAGGCCUGGCAGUGGGGCGUGUGCGGCGACAACCUCAAGUACAGCACCAAGUUCCUGAACAACUUCCUGGGGCCCAAGAGAGGAAGCAAAGACCUGCGGGCACGGGUAGAUGCCCACAACACCCACGUGGGCAUCAAGGCCGUGAAGAGUGGCCUCAGGACCACGUGUAAGUGCCACGGCGUGUCGGGCUCCUGCGCCGUGCGCACCUGCUGGAAGCAGCUCUCCCCAUUCCGCGAGACAGGCCAGGUGUUAAAGCUGCGCCACGACUCAGCCGUCAAGGUGUCCAGUGCCACCAACGAGGCCUUGGGCCGCCUGGAGCUGUGGGCACCAGCCAGAGCAGGCAGCUCCACCAAGGGCCCGGCCCCACGGCCUGGGGACCUGGUCUACAUGGAGGACUCACCCAGUUUCUGCCGGCCCAGCAAGUACUCGCCCGGCACGGCGGGCAGGGUGUGCUCCCGGGAGGCCAGCUGCAGCAGCCUAUGCUGCGGGCGGGGCUAUGACACCCAGAGCCGCCUGGUGGCCUUCUCCUGCCACUGCCAGGUGCAGUGGUGUUGCUACGUGGAGUGCCAGCAAUGCGUGCAGGAGGAGCUUGUGUACACCUGUAAGCAUUAGGCCCACUGCCCAGUGUGCCAGCUGGGCUCUGCCAGGACCUCGCAUGGCGCUGGGCCACCCUGAGGCCACCCAGCUGUCCAGCCAGCCCCCCUGGGCAGGUGCACGCAGCGUGCAUGCACUCACCCAUGUGCAUGCCAGGGCACCUGUGCUCCUCUCCCCACCGGGUCCCAUCAGCCUUCCCCUCCCUCAACUCGAAAGGUGGGAGCCCCACCCCUGAACCCAAGGGUCUCCAGCCUUGUUGAGGACUUGGAGCGGGAGGGCAGAGUGGGAAGGAUGUGGAGGGAAAUAAGGGAGGCCAAGAGGAGGGCAGGACUGAGGUUUUGGAGAGGAGAGGGGGUAUAUCCCGCGAUCUCGAUUCCUGGGAUUAGUGGCCUAGAGCCAGCAAGAUGUUGGGAGGUGAGCUUCUGGGCCACGAAGGCCCAGGGAGGCAGGGUCGGUCAGAAGCAAAGGCUGGAGUCUGCCUGGGAUGGGUCAGUCCAGCUGUAAGUGUGACCGGGGUCCACUUAUGCUGUGAGGCCCCAGUGCAGCUGGCAUUCGUGAUACACAAGAGUUGGUUUAUGAGUUCUGAUUCGGUUACGUUUGUGCACUCACAGCUACUCAUCUAAUUAAGAUUUUUACUAGGGCUAGCGUUAUAGGCGUGGGAAAGUCUUUGCUAAGCCUGGCUCCUUGGGGGACCCCUUCAUUUACUAAUGGUCCCCCACCUUGGCUCUUACCUGAGGAAGAGAAGUGACUGCUAAUUCCCUCUGAUCCUGUGGACCUUUCCAUUGCUGCCUACUGAGGCCCUGAGAGGGAGGAGAGAGAAGCUGGUACAUACACACGGGUGCACACAGGCACCCCACAGACACAUGCAUGCACACCCCUUGGACCUGCCAGGCUGAGGACUCUCAUUCAGUGACACACACCUCUCUGGUUCAGGAUCAGGACCUUGCAGGGGUCACUUUGCUGGAAGCUGUGUGCUUUCCCAGAGCAGAGCCCGAUGCCAGCCGGGAGGAAGUGACCUCCUUCGGGACGCCCUUGGCUGCUUUGCUGGCCCUGCCGCGCCCUCUGUCAGCUUCCCUUCUCCCGGAACCCAGAGUUGCUGACCCUUUGCUGAGACAGGAAACUCUUCAGAAUCAGCCGAAUGCUGAGAAACCGUCUGUGCAAGCCCCAGGAAGAAGCCCCCGGGGCUCCCUGUGAUCUCCACGGGUGAGGAGAAGCUGCCCCGUCUUCGAUGGAUCAGGCAGCAUCCGGAGGGAUGCUGGAAGGAUCUUUGGCUGCAGAGGCUCUGAUGAGCAGCCAAAUUGACCUGAGGCCCCUCCCGAGAGUGACUCUGCUGACCCAAGCAGCUGGCCCACAUCUUGGCAGGAAGAGAAAAAGGACAGAGGGCUGUUUCCCUAGUUUCUUCCGCUCCCCAACUGCAAGGAGACUUUCCCUCUGCCAGCCCGCUCCAUCCUCCUCCUCUGAGACCCCAACUCUGCCUCCACCCUGGCUCAGCCCUAGGCGUAAGGCAGCAGGAAGAGGGCACCCAGUCCACCAACAUGUCAUCUGCAUCCCAAGUCCAUGGCUGGCAGUGCCGGGGUGGCAGGAAGAUAAAGGGUAACCUCGGAGGGGCUGUGGUCACAGUCGGCCACUAACACUGACCAGGCCAAGGGCACGGGUCAGGCUCUGAGGGCCCCUCAGCCUGUGAGGUCUUCCCUGUGCAGCCCUCUCCCCUCUUCUACUUCCCUGUUCCCACCCCGUUCUCUUCCAAUUGCCUCCCAAAGGUCCACCUCAGCCCUGCUGGGGCCCCUGGGACCAGUGACCACUGACCUCUCCUUCUACAGCUUUAAGGGAAACACUCACAGGGUAUUUUGUUUUGUCUACCUCGCAUAUAUAGUUUUUAGGGCAAAAGAGAAUAAUUUAUAUAGCUAAGAUAUAUGAGAAAAUAUUUAUGUUAUUUAUAUAGUUUCUAUAUUUUAUGGGCAGCUGCUCUGGGGCGUGUGAAUUUGCUGGAAGCCAUCUAUCUGGGGAGAUACAGCUGCCCUGACUGGGGCGCCCACUGAGCUGGACACCAAGUGGCUGGGGAGAAGGUCUUGUGGGCUCCGUGUCCCUUGACCGGGUCUGUCCCAGAGCUAGUGAGCAGGAUCCCCUCUGCACAAGAGCUCUGAUGGGCUUGAUCCGGAUCCUCCUUGUAAAGUCGUUGUAAAUUCUCUGCUCUUCUGGGUCCCAGGCCCCCUCUUCUGCUCUGGCAAAACUUGUCUUGCUCAUGGUAAUAAUGAUGACAAGGACGACCACACUUUGCAUUUGUAAAGCACUUUUGAUCUUUGGAAACACUUUUGUCCCUUUAAUCUCACUUGAUUUCCCCAUUAUCCCUGUGAGGUAGGUGCAGCUACAUAACUGUGCCCAUUUUACAGAUGCGGCCCAGAGAUGGAGGGCUGUGUUCAGAGUCACACUGAAGAGGUUCUUUCAAUGAAUAUUUACUGAACUUUAAUAACCUGGGCCAGAUUAUGGGAGCUGACUUACCCAGAGCCUGGGAGCCCCAAGUCUGGAUCCACCCUGAGUCCAAGAGCCCAGGGAUGCAACUGCUUCCCUGGCUGUGUGUGACCCUGCCUUUUGGAUCUCGGCAGCAUGUCAGCAUUUCCUGUGUCUCAGGGGCUGGGACUGCCUGAGAGGCCUGGAGAGAUGAGGACCCCGUAGCGGCCACUCCAGGGGCCCCACCACCGGGCCCUCCCUCCUUCUGCCCACACCGCCUGAGAGGGUUGGGUUACAACACAGGACCCCUCCCAGCCCACAGCUGGGCUUUGUUUGCUCUCAUUUGUGUUUUUCUUUUAAAAAUGAUUUGAUUUCAAUUGGCUUUCUGGUUUCUCUUGUAAAAUCAGCUGCACUGGCAAAUUGGUCCUGCAUUCCCACCUUGGCCACAGUCAGCUAGAGAGAGGGACUCCUAUCAGACAGGAUGCACGGGGGCUCCCCAGUUUGCCAAGUACCUCCCACCUCACUCGUGCAUGCUGCUGCCUGGCUCUUGCGGGCACACCAUGUCUGCCCCUGGUCCAGGUAAGCCCAGCUUCCCUGGUGUCCUCCACUGGCUGACAGAGCGACAGAGACACCCAUGCCAGCCCUGAAGAUUAUUUCUUGCUUCCCAGAAUUUCCUUUCUCAACAACCAUGAACUUCAAACGCUUUUGUCUCAGCACAUUUUAGAAUCACAACCAGAGCUAUCAUAUAUCGAGCACCUGUUCUGUUCAUCCACUCAGUCAGCGAUGGUUUAGGGAGCUCCUACUGAGGGCCGGCCAGACACCACCCCGGGUGCUGGGGUGCAGCAGUGAAGGAGACCAAGUCCCUGCCUCGUGGGGCUGCCACUCUAGUGG